UCAAACUUCACGCCGUUUCAGAAUAACGUCAUGUACAAUUACAUUUGAACGUUUCACUAAUCUAACCCUUUACUUCAUCUCUCAACUAUAGGCGAAGUGAUUGUAUACUCUUAUAUUAUGGCCGGACCGGUUGGUGCCUGGCCCGUGAUUCUGCAUCAGUCGCUGGAGAAGAGCGAAAUCAGUCGACUUCUGCGACAAAAGAACUUCAAAAUUCGAAAUUCAGAGAGCGUCACCAGCAACAGCAUCAUCUUCCCCAUGUCGGGUGUUGCUUUUAUGAUCCUAGACCUCAAAGACGUCAUCAGGGACAGCCCCGAAGGCGGCACCAGGACAGAGGUGUGGGAAAGUAUUGACAAGUUCGUACAAGUACACCGUCGCUGUUACAUCCUGGCUCAAGCUCCAUGCCAUGCUGAACAGGAACAGUGUGUCUUCUCCGCCAUACAAGAGAAAUAUAUGACGAGUCCUCUACAAAUGAUCCCAGUCCACACGCCUACAGAGAGCAUCCAAGCUAUGUUGAACAUUGCCAAGUUAUUGUGUAAGCCAAUGGGAGAAGUUGUGACAAGGCGAUUCCAAGGUCUCCUCACCCAGCAGUUGUCAGGGGACGUCACGGGCGCCGCCCUGACUCAACUGGGCCUCACUGAACCCCAGAUUCAGUUUAUCCAGGAUGGAAUAGGGAACCUGGCACAGCUGGCGACCGCCUCUCGAGACGAUCUCCUCAACUGCAGUCUAGAUACAGACACUGCAGACAGAAUACUGGACAUGUUUCAUAAAUAGGCCGCUGUGUGAUCAGUGAUAAGCUGUAUUUGUCUCAUGUUUAUUUAAAGUGGAACUAGGCUCCGGUCAAUUGGCAGCCUUGAGGUUAGAUUCAAGAUCGUCACAUCUCACUUAAUCUGUCUGCAAGCUUAAAUUGUGUGAUGCUGAUCGAUCCGGCUGUCAGAACGUACCAUUAUUACACGGACACAAUGACCUUCAUACACAGCACAUAUUUCAACAUCAAGGCGUUGCAUGAUCAUGGAGUGGGGACCUUUCCUCAAGUCACUGUCAAAGUUGUACAGAAUAAACGGCUU